AUCAAUGGGACAGUGACAGAGAACCUGUCUCUGCAUGAUGCCGGGAAACUGAUAGAGAAGUCGAGAGGGAAGCUACAGCUGGUGGUCCUCAGAGACCGCCGCCAGAUCCUUGUGCGAAUCCCCCCCCUCGCAGACUCUGACUCUGAUAAUGACGAUAAUAUGUCAUACUUUUAGAUGAAGGACCACCCAAGACACAGCAAUGUGUAACAAUAUGUUGCCUUUCUCUAAGCUGUAAACGGCUGUGACACAACCUGACUAAGUUGUAAAGCUUUCACACCUUUUGCACUUGUAUUUUUGCUGCUCUAAAUCUUUUUAACUUUUUAAUACAUGAUUCGUUUUCCUGAAUAAACACAUUUUAAUCACUA